GGACAAGGCUUGCGACGAAUCUGGAGCAACGCGUGCCACCCUGCCACCCUUGUAUGCAAGCCACCAACAUGGAGAUGAUGGAGACGCACCCGGGUGACCAAAUCGAGAAGAACAUGGAAUACAUAAAUUCCUUCGGCUACAAGAUUGUUCAAAAUAUGGCCUCUGAGCGAAAACUGCCGGCCAAUCUGAAGAAACUUGAGAUGGCAAGACUGAUCGCCCUGCACAACGCUGGUGCCAGAGUCGAGCUGAACAAUUUGCUGAGUGAUUUGAAGGAGACGCGGAGCAGAACGAGGCGCUUGGCGUUGACGCACGCGGCAUCGACCCCCAUGCCGGGCUACGGCACGACCACAGCCGAGGCCGACUCGGCUUCCGCCAGUCCGGACCAGGAAGAUGACGAUGACGAAUAUGCGUUUGACGAGGACGACGAUGACGACUUCAUCGACAAAGCCAAGAAGGCAUCGCGGCUGCCCCGCAGUGGCCCAGCGCAACCACGCACCACUGCAGUGCGGCGCAGCAGCCACGGCUACGACGUGGCGAGUCCGAGCCCGCCGCCUACAUCGGCCGUGAAUCAGGCUCAAGGCAUGGUUCCUGGGGUCAUGCCGUCCGGUCACCUUGCUAACACUGGAGGUCCGGGACUUCCAGGACCCUCAGCACUCGGAGGACCCCCAGGACUGACAGGACCUUCAGGACUUGCAGGACCUGCAGGCCUUGCAGGGUCUGAAGGACACAUAGUGGGCCACCUCGGGACGCAAGCGAUGCAAGGGCCGGAGGAUGCUCCCAAGCCAAGGAAGCCCACUUACAGGCGGCCGUCGGCUGGCUCAAGUGGCCUUGGAGCAGCCAACAAGAGAGUUAGUAAAGGUGGCAGAGUUAUCAAACCUCGCCGCGAUGGAAGUUUUGUGUACCCCAAGAUGACUCAUCUUCAAAAUUCAUUGCCAUACCAGUCAGUUCAUGCACCCUCUCCUGGAUUCAGUCAGAGUGUACCAGGGGAAACUACCAGUUACGAUACGCCCCAUGUUCCUCCAGCAGCGAGUGGCUUCAGAGCACCUCCACCUUAUACCCCUGCUGUGCCCAUUGGAUCGUCACUGGCCAGCUCAGCUAGCUUGAAGCCAUGGUCCGCUUCAGGAGGAGUCCCCCAACAGGCUCUUCCAAGCCCACAUUCCUCAACUAAUCUUUACCCAAGAAAUAGUAUUCCAGCAGGACCCAUUGGAAAGCUGGGGGUGCAUAGCCAACCAUCACCAUAUUCACCUGUUCUGCCAGGGUUUGCAAAGGCAGCUCAGAUACAGUGUCCACCUAGACCAACUCAAAACGCUCAGAGGAAUGUAUAUAAUAGUUAUCCAACUAUGAUGCAGAAUUCAGAGUAUAAAACAAACAAUAUUGUUAAUCCAUCAUUGGCAUACCCUCCUAGUCAUUUUCAGAAAGGGUCUGAUUUUUCAUAUCUGCCAAACCAAGAUAUUCCAAGUUCCAGACUUGUGGGUAUUGAAUCUGCUCAAAGAAAUUCUGCAAACACAUAUCCUCCAUCUCAACCAGUUGGUCCCUUUGAGUCCAAUAGCGAGACAUACAGGCAGAUGUCUAGCCCAUAUCCGCGGUCCCAUAUUGGUCCAGAAACUAUGAUUCAUUCUCAAGUGGUAAAACCGAUUCCUCUUCCUUUACCUGUUAUGCCUACAAGGGAGUGUCCCCCAAGUGGUUAUAUUUCUGGAAAUUUGGAGUAUCUCUUCAAUCUGAAAUCAGAACACCUACAAAUGCCACUUCAGCUAAGCCCGUACUGGAAGCCUGCUAAGACAAAUUGUGUCAGUUCAUACAAUACUCCUAUCUGCUUCACAGGUUCUAGUCCUGGUUUGUACCAAGAGGCAUCACAUACCAUACCCCAUCCACUUAUUACAUCUGGGCCUUGUUAUGAGGACAGCCCUUUCCAGCCCCUAUUGAGGACCAAUAUUGGACUUCCUCAACCUCCAUCAUAUGACUACCCUACUAACUUAAACUUUGAAGUACCUUCCAUUAAUUUUCAGGCUCAUAAUCAGCCAAAGCAGUAUUUUUCUGAGUCUCAGAUUCCAAAUCAUGUACCAACCCAGUAUGAGAUGCCACAACAUAUGUCAACAACUUAUCAAGAACCAUUUCAGUAUCAACAAUCUCCUUUGAGUUCCAACAUAGAACAGUACUCCUCUCAUCCAAUUCAUGGGAGUUAUCAAGAGCAGAAUUCUUGGGCAUUGUCAGAACAAGUGACUCAAACUUGGACACAUGACAGAGAUGAUCCUAAAUAUAGGCCUUCAGUGCAGCUUCAUCAGCAUGAAUUAAUGCGAAGGCCACAUAAGCAGGUGCAGCAUCCUAUGCAAUCAAAACAGACUGUUCAAAGGAAGAAACAAACUCAACCCUAUGGUUACCCUCAACAGACUGCCCGUCAAGGAAAUGCACAUAUUCAGGAGAAAAGAGGCACAUAUCAAACCAAUCAUCAAAGCCAACCCCUUGCAUCUAUUGGUAAGCAAGACAUUGAGAAGUCUGCUGGUGGAUAUGUUCUCAAUCAGCAAAAUGAAGCACAGAAGCAGCGGAGGAACUUAUCCACGUUUCAGCAAUCAACUGAACAAAAUAUUCAAAGUUAUAACCAGCCCUCACAACAGAAACCAUCUCCUAUUGUUCCUCAAACCGCUCUCUUUCCAGGGCAAGGUCCACCUCUCAAGAAGCCUUGUUACCAAUCAAGCAAAACUACUCUACAAGAUUCAGCUGUUUCACCUCAGCCUUGUAAACUGUCAUCUCCUAAACAAAUUGUUCAGAAGCCUUGUUUGUCUGCUUCCACAACAACAGAAAGGCCUCAGCUUCCUUUCUCUGAAUUCCGCGGUCAAAACAAUCAGCUUUCUUUACCACUCAUUUAUGACUACCUCACAUCUGCUGAAAAGCAGAUGGUACCUUCACCGAAAGAGAGUCAGAACAAUUUUACUGAUUCGUCCACCAGCUAUGAUCUGAAUGGUAACAUAUCUUCAUCUUUUAUUGAGGAUGUUUUACCUACUUUAAGCCAACAUGCCUUAAAUUCCAAAAUACAGGACUUGGUAUAUCAACACAGAGCAGAUGAACUUGAGACCAGUGCUCAUUCCACUGUAAGUGAAAAUUACAGUGAUCAGAGAAUAUGUCAGUCAUUACAGGUGCAUACUGUUUCAUCUCUGCCAUCUAAGUCCAAAAUGUCGAAUGUUUCUCCUGAUAGUAGCGAACAAGAACCACAACCAAUUGAAAUGAGUUCUAUUGGUCUUCACUUUGAAGCAGACAAAUCUGACAAGCAAGUUUAUGCUGAACUUAGCCCUCUCAAAGUAGAUGUAAAUGAUAACAAUUUUGGAAGCUCUACUUAUGCUCAGCUUGUUCCUGUACCAUUUGAGAGUAACCAUGUGGAAGAAUGUGGAAGCCAAGCACAUCAAAUAGCAAAUGUUGAGCAAUCCUUACAUCCAGAGGCUUUCAAGGAGGGCAUUGCACUUUCUGGGACGAAAAAAAUUGACACAACUCUUGAGAAGGUAAUGAAAACGGAUGGAAACUCAAAGCAAGUGGUAUUCUUAUGCAGUGAUGGAACAGGAGAGCUUGAGUAUAUGACUCUUGAUGUGACUCAGGAAGACACUAUGGAUACAUCAGUUGGAAGUUUACCAGGAACUAUUCCUGCCUCGCCAUGCACAUCAGAUGUUGGAGAGCUCAAUCUGCUAGAUUCAAUAGAGGAAAAUGGAAAACAUUCCACCCAAUUUUUAAGCAAUGGAUCUAGUCAUAUCAGUCAGGUUAGUACAAUCCCGGUGACCCAUAGUGAUUUGUCUACUGAAACUGCUUCCAGUAUAAGUGACUACUUGAGCACCAAUUCCCCUCCCCAAGUUACAUCUGAUGCUGACUAUUUAAGUACCAAGAGUGAACUGGUGAUUAACACAGAAAACAUACUUUCAACUGACAGUCCUGAUCCUAUGACAACAAAUAGUAAUUAUUUUAGUGCUGAACAAGUUCCUAUGGUAGCACACAAAUCUAUUGGUAUGUCUAAUGAUGCCAUGGAAGUAUUGCCUCUAGGAGGUGAGAUACAUUUGGCUGAUAACACCAGUGCAGUACAGCUUCCUAUCAGUCCGAACGGGAAUGAUAAUGUUGUGCCAUCAGUUAGUGAACCUCUCAUGCAAACCAAGAAUUCUGAAAUGCAACAUGAAGUUCCGUCCAUUUUGAGGGAAGCUACAGGCUCGUCAGGAGAGAGUGGUAGUUUAAGGAAUGUGCCCUCUGGAAGUGAAUUUUUGGAGUGUAGCAAAAUUAAUACUGAGGGCAGCGGAGCCAAUGAAACUAGUGGAAAGGUAUUACAAGUUGAAGAUGGAACUGAGAUAGCCUCUACCAGUAUAAUCCCAGACGUCCCAGAAUUACUGAAAAUCAUGAAGACGGAGACAAUUGAUAUAAUUGAAAAUAAAGAAUACUUAGAAAAUUAUGCAACAGCUGAACCUCAAAGUGAUGAUCAAAUGAAUGUACUUACUGAGCAACCACUUGAUUUAAAUGCUGAUUGUAGUAACAUUGCAUCUGAUUGUGCUCAAAACCUUAAAAAGGGAUCAGGUCAAGAAAAGAAGGAUGAACCAGUAAAUUUGACCAAAGAUCAAUCAAGUAAUCUGUCAGUAGAGACAGAGAUCAAUAAUCUUCCUCUGGGAGAAGAAAAUAGUACAACCACAUGUGCAACCAGUACUGAUAGUAGUGAAGAAAACAUUAGCAUAACAUCAAAAUCAACUGAUGUAAAUAUGAAUGUGAUUAGGGAAGGAUCUGAUAAUGCUGUGGUUCUUGAAAUGGAUUCUUGCUCAGCUAGUCCAUUGCUUCGUGGCAAAUCAGCUGGCAAAACCUAUCCUGGCAAACAAGUACGGCAACCAGUUCGUUGCUCUCCUAGGACUUCUGGAAGACCUAGUCCCAGUUAUGCUUUUCCAACAACUAAUUUUCCUCUUCGCUUGGAGUCUCCAGCCAGAGGCCGUAAACCCUGUCCAAAUGAGGAGAAUGGCUGUCCCAUUGAAUUACCAUCUGCCCAGUUAUCUAGUCACCACUUGGUUUGUGAAUACACCUCUAUUGAAUGCCCUGCAAUUGGCUGUGAGUGGAAUUGCAUUACCAAAAAGUUAUGCACCCACAUUCGAGAGACUCAUCGGUCAGCUAUAGGUGCUGGAACAGAUUCCAGGCAUACAGUGUCAGUGCAUCAAAUACAUCAACAACAACGUCUAACUUUUUUAAGAGAAGUUUCAAGAAAGUUGUUUGUAGUUUGCAUUCAUGCAUAUGGAAAUGACAUAUACGCAUCAAUUCAGUAUAUUGCAUCAGGCCGUGCUGAAAAACCAAUAUCUGCAACUGGCACUCUGGAAGUUAUUGACUUUGUUGGCACACCUCAUGCAUGGAGAGGAAUGAUUGGUCCAAUCCAACAAGGUCUCAAAUUUUUACGAGAUAGUGGAAAUUGUUUACAGGUAACUUCUCAGUGUUUAGGUGCCAUACCUGACAGCACCAUUACAUUUCACACUAAUAUCAGAGUAAACCAUGCCCAACAUGCAGCAGCAUCAGCAUCAUCUAGCAACAGUGACCCUCUCUCUUAAUAUAUAUUUAGUUAUGUAAAUCAAAGACAAUAUUUUUCGUUUAUUUAUUUUCAUUAGUGUUAUUUAUGAGUUCUCUACUUCUACAGAUUAAACUGUUAGUUAUUUCUGUAA